AUGGGGACCCGACUGCCUAUCAAUGAGAUAACAGUAGAAAGCAAUACUGGAAAACAGCCAACCCCAGACACAUGUGGAAUUCCAGUUGUUGACCCAUUUCUAAUGCAAAGGUCUGAGAGAAACACAAAUAUGCUGCCAGCUGAACGUGGGGAGCCCCGGAUGGUUGGUGGCCAUGCUGCACCUGCAAGGUCGUGGCCCUGGCUGGUCAGUCUGCAGCACCAAGGACAACAUUUCUGUGGAGGGGCUCUGAUUGCGAAGCAGUGGGUCCUGACAGCAGCGCACUGUAACUUUAGUACUGUCACAGAUGGCCUGGUAAUAGGAAAAAGUUACCUCUCAAACACAGGAAAUAGUGAUUUGAUGCCAGUGAAAGCUGUAUACACUCACCCUGGCUUCACACAGUUCCCUCCUACGGAUGAUCUAUCCUUGCUGCAUCUGGAGAAACCUGUCAAACUAGAAGACAGAUUUUCUAAAACUGUGCAGGAGGUAGUGAUGGUAUCACUACCACUGAUCAGCAGUACAUCUUGUCGAAGCUACUGGGGACUGGAUAUUAAAAACACCAACAUCUGUGGAGGGGCUGCAGGCUCACCCUCAUGCAUGGGAGAUUCAGGAGGACCGCUCCAGUGUGCCCACGAUGGACAGUACAAGCUCAUCGGUAUCGUGAGCUGGGGCAGCAGUAACUGCCUUCCUGCUGCACCAACAGUCUUUGCCAGAAUUUCUGCCUACAGGGGCUGGAUCACAUCUGUCACUGGAGGAGAAGCAUGA